ACACACACACACACACACACACACACACACACACUCUCUCUCUCUCCGCUGCGGACUGUUGUUGUUCGUUACUGAAGCUAACAGCUAACAGCUAACAGACUGUGAGGAUGUCGGAGGGACGCUCGUGCUGUUAACCUGUCAGCUGGUUAUGUCAUCUCCCUUUAACCCGGGUCAUCUCCCUUUAACCCGGGUCAUCUCCCUUUAACCCGGGUUAGCUGUCCUGCUCCGGGCUGUGGGGGAGGACGGGCUAGCUAGCCGCUUAGCUCAGUUAGCAUGUUGCAGCUAAUCGGCCAGUGUUGUUAAUGUUAGCCCGUUAGCUUGUGUGUUAGUGUAGAAGCAGCCGUUUAGCCUGUUAGCACUUUCUAUCCAUAUAUAAAUAUAUAUCUGGGUAUUAUACGUUAUAGUUGUUAUAUAUUGUGUUUAUGAGGGUUGUCUCUAUCGAGGUCGUCACUGUGGUUGAGUGUGUAAUGCUAACAGCUGUUAGCUGCUGUUAGCUGCUGUUAGCUGCUGUCUUUGUUCCAUCAGCAGCAGGCGGUGUAUGAUGGGAGAGCAGGCUAGCUCUGUUAGCUUAGCUAGCAGCUAGAUUAGAGUGGACACUGUUGUUUGUGAGUGUAGCAGCAGAUGCUAAGCUAGUAGAGCUGAGCUCAGUGUUUUAUUAGCAGCCGUUAGCUGACCUUCAUCAUCAUCAUCAUCAGCUGGAGGCCUCGGGCUCGUUAUGGCUGUGCUCUACCUGCUCCUCCUGUCAGGAUGCAUUGCUGCGUCUCAGAGGAACGACAACGUCUACGUGUCAGGAAUUUCUAAUGCCUGUGGCGAGGUGGCGGAGCUCCUGCGGGCGUCCAGUGGGGUCAUCACCAGUCCUGGGUGGCCCUUUCAGUAUCCGGCCCGACUUAACUGCAGCUGGAACAUUAGAGCGCGACCGGGAGACACCGUCACCAUCAGUUUCCAGGACUUUGACCUCCAGGGUUCCCAUCGGUGCUCCUCAGACUGGAUGUCCAUCAGCAGCUACAGAAGCCUGGACGGACUGCGGGUCUGUGGUUCUUCCCUGCCGCCCCCCUACAUCUCUUCCCAGGACCACGUCUGGAUCCACUUCCACUCUGAUGACAGUCUGACGGGGAAAGGGUUCAGACUGUCCUACAUCACUGGUAAGCCAGAGGCAUCCAGCUGUGAUGUAGACCAGUUCCACUGUUCUAAUGGGAAGUGCAUCCCAGACUGGUGGCGCUGCAACUCCAUGGAUGAGUGCGGAGACAAUUCAGAUGAGGAACUGUGUGUGGACUCGCCGUUCUCCUUCCAGCCCUGCAGCCUGAACCAGUUCCCCUGCCUGUCCCGCUACACCCGGAUCUACACCUGCCUGCCACACAGCCUGCGCUGCGACGGCAGCAUCGACUGCCAGGACCUUGGUGACGAGAUCGACUGUGACGUUCCCACUUGUGGAGAAUGGUUGAGGAACUUCUACGGCUCCUUCAGCUCUCCAAAUUACCCUGACUUUUACCCUCCAGGAAGUAACUGCACCUGGCUGAUAGACACCGGAGACCACAGAAAGGUCAUCCUGAGGUUCACAGACUUUAAACUCGAUGGGACGGGAUAUGGCGACUAUGUGAAGGUCUAUGACGGCCUGGAGGAGAACCCUCGCCGUCUCCUCAGGGUGCUGACCGCCUUCGAUUCCAGAGCGCCAGUCGCUGUGGUUUCGUCCUCCGGUCAGCUCCGGGUUCACUUCUAUGCUGACAAGAUCAACGCUGCCAGAGGGUUUAACGUUACCUACCAGGUGGACGGGUUCUGCUUGCCAUGGGAAGUUCCCUGUGGGGGGAACUGGGGCUGUUACACUGAGCAGCAGCGCUGUGAUGGGUACUGGCACUGUCCCAACGGUCGGGAUGAGCUCAACUGUUCUUCGUGUCAGGAGGAUGAGUUUCCCUGUUCCAGAAACGGAGCCUGUUAUCCUCGUUCAGACCGUUGCAACUACCAGAACCGCUGCCCCAACGGUUCUGAUGAGAAGAACUGCUUCUUCUGCCAGCCGGGGAACUUCCACUGCAAGAAUAACCGCUGUGUCUUUGAGUCGUGGGUGUGCGACGCUCAGGACGACUGCGGUGACGGCAGCGAUGAGGAGAGUUGUCCCGUCAUCGUUCCCACCAGAGUCAUCACCGCCGCUGUCAUCGGCAGCCUCAUCUGUGGCCUCCUAUUGGUCAUCGCCCUCGGCUGCACCUGCAAACUCUACUCACUGCGCAUGUUUGAACGCAGCUUUGUGAUUGGUCGUUGCAGGUCAUUUGAGACCCAGCUGUCCAGAGUGGAGGCAGAACUACUGAGGAGGGAAGCUCCACCUUCUUAUGGACAGCUGAUUGCCCAGGGAUUGAUCCCACCUGUGGAGGAUUUCCCAGUGUGCUCUGGGAGCCAGGCUUCCGUCCUGGAAAACCUUCGCCUAGCUGUCCGCUCUCAGCUCGGCUUCACCUCCCUGAGACUCCCCUCCUCCGGUCGUCAUAGCAACCUGUGGCGACGUCUGUUCACCUUCUCACGGUCCCGGCGAUCGGGCUCUUUGGCUCUGGUUUCUGCUGACCUAGAGGACAGCGCCGGCACUGGGAGCACUGGGAGUUCUGGUUCAGACCUGCUGUCUCCGGACUCGGACGACACAGACACGGAAGGCGAGCGAGGGAGGGAGCGCGGCGUGGGCGCGGUGGGCGGGCCCGUCGCCCCCCUUCCCCAGAAGACUCCGCCCUCCACCGCCGUGGAGGCUGUGGUAUCCGUGACGACUUCAGCGACCUCCCUUAACCCGACCGCUGGCUGCGACAGAAGCCGCGACAGGCCCAGAGAGGCCCCUCCCCCUUCCAGCUCGGUUGCCAUGGUAACCUCCAGUCCAGAUCCUGAAUGUCGCAGUGACCCCUCAGAGCUCCAGGCUCCGCCCACCUCCGCCCUGCAGCGACUGGCCCGGAACCUGCACCGACUUGCCAGGAACCUGACUAGAACCAGCCAGAACCAGCAGGACCAGACCUGGACCAAUCACAGUCCACUUCGGCAGCUGGAGACAGGAAGAGGCGGGAUGGAGGCCGCCGAGCGGCGAGGAAGCAGAGAAGAAGAAGAAGACGUGGAGCUCCUGAUCCCCGUCUCCGACUCUGACUCCUCCUCCUCCGCCUCCUCGGUCAGCGAUGUCCGACAGCCGCUGCUGGAGCCACACCCCUCCUCUACCACGGGCCACGCCUCCCGCCAUCACCGUGGCAACGGUUGUCGAGGAGGACGGGACGGGCCCUGUGAACACUGCGGGAUGGUCCACACGGCUCACAUCCCCGACGCCUGUCUGGAGGCCACAGGCAAAACGGAGAGCAGCGAUGACGAGCUGCUGCUGCUCUGCUAACACGCUAACCUGCCGGGCUAACAUGCUAACUGGCUAAUACUGCUACACCUACAGUUAGCUAACAUGCUAACUAACGCGGGUAACCUGCUAAUGCUACCCUGUCCCUACUCUGACGGUUAGCUAACAUGCUAACUGCCUGGCUAAGAUUAUUAAUACUACCCUGACUCAACACUUCAGACAACUAGCCAACGUGCUACCAUCUCACACUGGACUACAACUAGCCAACGUGCUACCAUCUCACACUGGACUACAACUAGCCAACGUGCUACCAUCUCACACUGGACUACAACUAGCCAACGUGCUACCAUCUCACACUGGACUACAACUAGCCAACGUGCUACCAUCUCACACUGGACUACAACUAGCCACAAUGCUAUCUCUUCAACUGAAAUUAACAAGGGAUGAUCUAAAUGCGUGUUAGCAUGUGUUAGCAUGUUAGCUGGAUCAAAGGUUAGUGAUGUCUGAGAUGAACGGGCCAAUCGGAGACCAGGGGAUGUGAUGUCACUGAUUGGAUUCUAAUGUCGGUACGGCUGAAAAUGUCCUCCCGUUGUUUCCGUCCGUUAAAGCGCUCCCCUCCUCCCUGCGGGCGGACUCGGUACGACUUGAUGAACUUCCUCCUCGUUGGUACGACUGCAAACGGAGUCCUGACAGAACAAACUGUUGGUGAGAACAUUAAACUAGGAACCUUCUCUGCCUCUGAACCGGGACGUGUCGCACUCAAACGGUCCCCCCGGUGCGCUGGUUAAAGUCGCUCCCUCCAGGAUGUCGCUGGCUGUGUGUUUGUGAGGUUACGAAAGUGAAAAUAAUUCUUAUUAUUAUUUAAAUCAGGAAACUAUUGAUUGAUCAAUUAACGGGUUGAAUGUGUGUUAAUUGUUGCCAUGGCGACUUCCUGCAGGGACUGAGUACAGAAUGACGAGGGUCAUGUGACCAGUGGAGGUAGCUAACGAUAGCUGCUAGCUAGUCUGAAUCUCAGUAUUGAUAAGUAGCAGAUCAUACUGAUUGAUUAUCUACCAGAUCAAUCAAUAUUUAUAGAUGAUAUAUUAUACUGAUGAUAAUAAGGUCAAAGGUCUAAUAGGGAAUAAUUGAUUGAUCACCUUCCUCCAUGGGUCAUGUGACCCUGGUCAUGCUCGUCAUAGCAGUCUGUAGAGUCUAGUUUGGUUCUUUGACUGGUUCUAGAUCAGAUUCUACAUCGGUCUGUUCAUAUCCAACAUAAAGGACUCACAGAGACCAGACCCACAGAGUCAGACUCUCAGAACCAGACUCUCAGAACCAGACCCACAGAGUCAGACUCACAGAGUCAGACUCUCAGAACCAGACUCUCAGAACCAGACCCACAGAGUCAGACUCUCAGAACCAGACUCUCAGAACCAGACCCACAGAGUCAGACUCUCAGAACCAGACUCUCAGAACCAGACUCUCAGAACCAGACUCUCAGAACCAGACUCACAGAGUCAGACUCACAGAGUCAGACUCUCAGAACCAGACUCUCAGAACCAGACCCACAGAGUCAGACUCUCAGAACCAGACUCUCAGAACCAGACUCUCAGAACCAGACUCACAGAACCAGACUCACAGAGUCAGACUCACAGAGUCAGACUCUCAGAACCAGACCCACAGAGUCAGACUCACAGAGUCAGACUCACAGAACCAGACUCUCAGAACCAGACCCACAGAGUCAGACUCACAGAACCAGACCCACAUAACCAGACUCACAGAACCAGACUCACAGAACCAGACUCUCAGAACCAGACUCUCAGAACCAGACUCACAGAACCAGACCCACAGAGUCAGACUCACAGAACCAGACCCACAGAACCAGACUCACAGAACCAGACUCACAGAACCAGACUCACAGAACCAGACUCUCAGAACCAGACUCUCAGAACCAGACUCACAGAUCCAGACCCACAAAACCAGUCAGAAGGUUCCGUACAAACAGAACAAAGAAAGUUCUGUAUUGUAAACAAUUCAACUCCUUUUGAUUUCCUCCUCUUCUUCCUCUUCCUCCUCCUCUUCCUCUUCCUCCUCAGACUGAAGCCAUUCAAACUGACCCGUCUGUAUUUUUGUUUUUGGUACUCAGAUCUCAGCUGACCUCGUGUGAGUGUGACUGUGUAUAUUUAUUAUUAUUGUUAUUGUUAUUAUUAUUAUUAUUAUUAUUAAUAUGAUUGUGGUUAUUAUUAUUAUUGUUGUUGUUAUUUGUUGUUGUGUAGAUGUUUUUCUGACCUGCAUGAAGUUCUUUGGUGUUAGUUUUUCUUUGAGUCUGUAAAGUAAGAAACUGUUUAACUGCACUAAAGAUUAAAGUUCCUGUUUCAGUC